GCGAGGAGGAGGCGGAGAAGGGGACGGCGGCGAGGAGGAGGCGGCACGGGGCCGGGAGGAAGGAAGGAAGGAAGCGCCGCCAUGAGCAGCGAGCGGGCUUCCCGGCCUGCAGGGCCGCCGCUGCCCCUUUCCCGGCGCCGCCCACCGCCAUUUUCUCCUCAGCGGCCCACAGAGGUGGCUCCGGUGACCUUCCGAUGUGGGGCUAGAUUAUGAGCGCCAACAAGAACGCUCGCUACAACCGGUUCCCCAGCACUGCGACCACUAGUCCUUCCUCGGAAAACAAUAACGGGACAAGAAUGGAGACCACCUUUGGCCCGACGUACGCCGCCGUGACCACCAUCACUAAAGCGGAUGGGACCAGUACCUUCCAAAAGCACCGCCGGACGCCUUCCUCUUCCAGCACUCUCACUUAUUCCCCGCGCGAUGAGGAUGACAGCAUGCCCCCCAUCAACACUCCACGUCUUUCCGACUCCGCCAUCUCCGUCCGCUCCUUGCACUCCGAGUCCAACAUGUCCCUGCGUUCCACUUUCUCUCUCCACGAAGAGGAGGAGGAGCCAGAACCAUUGGUGUUUGCGGAGCAGCCCUCGGUGAAGCUCUGCUGCCAGUUGUGUUGCAGUGUGUUCAAAGAUCCAGUGAUCACAACUUGCGGGCACACAUUUUGCAGGAGAUGUGCCUUAACUUCUGAGAAGUGUCCGGUAGACAAUGCCAAACUGACAGUGGUGGUCAACAACAUUGCUGUCGCGGAGCAGAUUGGGGAGCUCUUCAUCCACUGCAAGUACGGCUGCCGCCCCGUUGCCAGUGGCAAGCCUCCGGUCUUCGAGGUGGACCCCCACGGCUGCCCCUUCACCAUUAAGCUGAGUGUCAGGAAGGACCAUGAGGGCAGCUGCGACUACCGGCCCGUGCGCUGCCCCAACAACCCCAACUGCCCGCCGCUUCUCAAGAUGAACCUGGAGGCCCACCUGAAGGAGUGCGAACACAUCAAGUGCCCCCAUUCCAAAUACGGGUGCACCUUUAUCGGGAACCAGGACACCUACGAGACCCAUUUGGAGACGUGCAAAUUUGAGGGCCUGAAGGAGUUCUUGCAGCAGACGGACGACCGCUUCCAUGAGAUGCAGGUGGCCAUGGCCCAGAAGGACCAGGAGAUCGCCUUCCUGCGCUCCAUGCUGGGCAAGCUCUCCGAGAAGAUCGACCAGCUGGAGAAGAACCUGGAGCUGAAGUUUGACGUCCUGGAUGAGAACCAGAGUAAGCUGAGCGAAGACUUGAUGGAGUUCCGGAGAGACGCCUCCAUGCUCAACGACGAGUUGUCCCACAUCAACGCUCGGCUGAACAUGGGGAUCCUGGGCUCGUACGACCCCCAGCAGAUCUUCAAGUGUAAAGGCACCUUCGUGGGGCACCAGGGCCCCGUCUGGUGCUUGUGCGUCUAUUCCAUCGGGGACUUGCUCUUUAGUGGCUCUUCGGACAAAACUAUUAAGGUGUGGGACACCUGCACCACGUACAAGUGCCAAAAGACCCUGGAGGGACACGACGGGAUCGUGCUGGCACUCUGCAUCCAGGGGAACAAGUUGUACAGCGGCUCCGCUGACUGCACCAUCAUUGUCUGGGAUAUCCAAACCCUGCAGAAGGUCAACACCAUCCGGGCGCACGACAACCCCGUCUGCACACUGGUCUCCUCGCACAAUAUGCUGUUCAGUGGCUCCUUGAAAGCCAUUAAGGUCUGGGACAUUGUGGGCACUGAGUUGAAGCUGAAGAAGGAGCUGACCGGCCUGAACCAUUGGGUCCGGGCCCUGGUGGCCUCUCAGAACCACCUCUACAGCGGAUCCUACCAAACAAUCAAGAUCUGGGACAUCCGGAACUUGGAGUGCGUUCAUGUCCUGCAGACCUCGGGCGGAAGCGUUUACUCCAUCGCGGUCACCAACCACCACAUUGUGUGCGGCACCUAUGAGAACCUCAUUCACGUCUGGGACAUCGAGUCCAAGGAGCAGGUGCGGACGCUGACGGGGCACGUGGGCACUGUCUACGCCCUAGCCGUCAUCUCCACCCCCGACCAGACCAAAGUCUUCAGCGCUUCCUACGACCGGUCCUUGCGGGUCUGGAGCAUGGACAACAUGAUCUGCACCCAGACCCUCCUGCGGCACCAGGGCAGCGUCACAGCCCUCGCAGUCUCCAGGGGACGCCUCUUCUCCGGAGCCGUUGACAGCACCGUCAAGGUUUGGACCUGUUAAUGGGUGUCGCCUCACCGCCGCUUGCUCUUGGACCGCCAAACUACCCCAAACGCUACUCCAGCGCCACAGACACACGCCACACGCGUGAAGUCCCGCUUCCCUCCUCUCCGACCCGCCGGCUGCAGGAGAGCGAGCUUCACGGCCCACAGACAUACCUCAGCUCCGCCGGCCCAACACUCCCCCGAGGCAGGACACCCGGACCGGACACUCUGCGCCCUCUUUCCCGGAUCACUGUGCUGCGAGGGGAGCCCAGCCUGGAUGCCAUAAUGUAGGACAGCAGAGGCUUGUUUCUUUGUGUCACGUGACGGACCAAAGGUGAGUGUUGACUAAGACAGGGCCGGACUGAUCGGCAGAAACUCCUUGCGAACAAACAGCGAAGCCAGUGCCAAGCAGGACCCGGUAUUUAAUGUACCCGGCGCCAAGGAGAAAUACAACGGAAGAAUGGUUACGCUCCCAUGUCACCAGGUACGAUUUUUUGAUGUCACAAAACCACUCCGCUUUUCGCAUCAGGUACCAGAAGGCCAUCGAUAUCCUCCUCCUCCUUCCCCUCCGCAUCGCAUUACGGCAGCCGCCUCUGAGGGCCCACACACCCCGUUGUGUUUUUACUGGCAUUUUUCUACUGUUUUUAAGAUUGUGAUAAUCGAGAUUUGGAUUUAUUUCUUCCUUGAUGAAAUAAAUAAAUAAAUACGGACUGUCGUUUGA